CACAUCUAUGGUGUUUUUGUUUUAGUUUUUUUGUCAGAAAGAAGACGCAUUUUAUUGUUAUGGGUUUUUCUUCAACUAAUUAGACUUAUCUAACCAGCACAUAACCUGAAGAGGUGUGAACUUUUUGAAGUUUGAUACUGCCGAAUAAAAACAAAGAAGAAAAAGGACAUCUGUCGUCAUGACGACCAAGAGUGGCCUUAUAACUGACUCAUUUAAAGUCGUGAAGAAAGCAAGAAAAGUGACAAAAAAAGAUAAGGGACCCAUUGCUCCAUCACAGGACACGGUGACUGAAACAUGCCAACACGAAGAGCAACAGAAACUGCAACAGUUUGACCUUGACUGGAGAUUCGGGCCCAGUACAGGGAUCAGCAGGCUGCAGAGAUGGGAGAGGGCAAAGCUGCAUGGUUUGGAUCCACCUGAGGAGAUUCGGGACUUGCUUCUACAAAACCAAACGGAUCCAGAGUACAAUCUAAGCUUAUGGCGGGAAUAUCCCUUGUGAGGACCAACGAAGAAGAAGAUAACUUCACUAUCAAGGAUUGUAUGUUAACAUACUUGCUCUGAAUGUAUAAAGGGUGUCGCUAAAAUCUGGAAUUAUAGUAUACAUAAUACAUUAUACUAAAAAAAAACAAGCCAAAAAACAAUAUAGUAAUAAUAAACCAUAAAAACACAAAAUCAUUGUUUUGACAAUUAAAAUUAAAUACUUUAACUUAAAAAGAAUAUAAAUAAAUUAAAAUGUAUUAAAUAAAAUACAAACCCCGUUUCCAUAUGAGUUGGGAAAUUGUGUUAGAUGUAAAU